AUGGAAAUAGAUAAGAAAGUUAAAUUAAAUGAAACAUUACAAGUUAUGAGUGAAGUUAAUAAAGAAAAUAAAGAACCAGCAAAAUUAAUAUUGGUUGGUAAAGGAAUAUCAUUUAUUGGAGGUUUAGUUGUUUAA